UACUGUUGGUGCUGCUGCUGCUGCUGCCGUAAUAUUACGUGAUAACACAUUUUUGGGCCGCGAGAACGAAAACGGGUACCAAACACAUCUGCGAGGCGGCCGAUCGUGGCCGAACUUGGGGCAAAAACCAGUGCGAAGCGCAGCGGCCAGUGUUUCCUGUCGCGGUGCGUCACGGGAGCGGGCACCCGUCCGUGCAGCCGUGUUCCCCCACUCCUCAGCGGGACCGCAGCAAAAUAGAGGACAGAAUUUGCAUUGAUCCUAUGUGUGCACUACAAUCACUGGAUGGCCGGCGCAUCCGGAUACGGACGUUCCUAAGCAUCACAAUCACAGCAUUAUAAGAAGACAGCACUUGCAGAUCGUGCUACGAGUUGAAUAGAGUGUUCUCUUCUCAGAACGAGCUAAGAAAGCAAGUGGUGUACCGGUUGAACAACGAGCGAGAAUGCUGAGUAUUUAGCUACCCACAAAGCGAAACAAUACCAGACAGAGUGUUGUUGUGUGUUUAACUGCUGGUCGUCGGAAUUGGCCAACGGCUGGCAUCAGCAUCAGCUGUGAAUUCCGGAAGAUCCGGUCCUCCGAGAAGCAACUGCGACAACAACUACUCACCUCAGCUCGUCAGUGACACAGUCCCUGCUUCCGGUAUAUGACAUGAAUUCCGACGAGUACGAGCAGCUGCCGACGUCGAGCGUGGCCGCCAUUAUGACGGCCGGCGCGAUAGCGGGCAUUAUGGAGCACUGCGUCAUGUACCCGCUGGAUUCGGUCAAGACACGAAUGCAAUCGCUCACACACAUGAAGGCACACGAUACGAUUCUGUCGACGCUACGGGACAUGGUGCGAACGGAGGGCGCAAUGCGACCGUUCCGGGGCGUAAUGGCCGUCGUGGCCGGUGCCGGUCCAGCCCAUGCCCUCUACUUCGGUGCGUACGAGUGCUCGAAGGAGAUGAUUGCCACCGUGUCCGAUCGUGAUCACGUCAACUAUAUGCUGUCGGCAGCGGCCGCCACGCUCGUGCACGAUGCCGUUUCCAAUCCGGCCGACGUCGUGAAGCAGCGGCUACAGAUGUACAACUCACCGUACAGAUCGAUCCUGCACUGUGCCAGCCACGUGUACCGAACCGAGGGUUUCCGGGCCUUCUAUCGCUCCUACUCGACGCAGCUCGUCAUGAACAUCCCCUACUCGGCGAUCCAGUUCCCGACGUACGAGUUCUUUCAGAAGCUGCUCAACAAAGACAAUAAAUACAACCCGCCGGUGCACAUGGUGGCGGGCGGGGUGGCCGGAGCUGCCGCGUCCGCCCUCACGACACCGCUCGACGUGUGCAAGACGCUACUCAACACGCAGGAGGACGGUGCCGGUAAGACGCGCGGGUUGUUUGAGGCAGCGAAGAAAAUCUACGCCACGGCAGGGCCGAUGGGCUUCUUCAAGGGGAUGCAGGCGCGCGUCCUGUACCAGAUGCCGGCCACCGCCAUCUGCUGGUCGACGUACGAGUUCUUCAAGUACAUCCUGUCCCGGGUAAAGAAACCGACGGGCAGCGGAGGCAGUUCAGUGUCAGCCGCCCGCUCCCUGACCGCGGAACCGUUGCUGGCGGCCGACGAUGCAUCGAGCAAGGCCUCCGCCACGAUCACCGACCUGCGCUACAUGAUGAUUCCGGCGGCCGCAUCGGUCAGUGCGGAAGCAUCACCGGCCGGUUGCAGUGGCGUUGGCAGUGCCAGUUUGCUGAUUCGAUCGGAACGCGGCGAAUCGCCGUCCGCGACCGGUGUUGGUGGUGGUUCAGGUCAGCCGGCAUCAACGGGUGAUAAGGUGGGUAGUACGGCGGUCGGAGGAAGCAGCGUUGGUGGAGGUGGUGUUGCUGGAUUGAUUCCACGAGGCGGUCCCGAACUGCCGGCCAUGUCCGGUGCCGGCAUUUACGGUGCCAUGAGCUACAACACGAUGCACUCGAACGACACGAACCCGCUUAGCGAUAUCCGGCGGACGAACUAAGGCUCCCGGAGGGGGAACCCCGAGCUGCUGGAGCCCGGUCGGUGAACCAUGGACGGAUGGACAGACGAACGGAUGGAGGUGUACGUGCUUCUAGCAGUAAAAAUCUUGUUGAUUAAGCAGAUUUUGGGGAGUUGAAAGUAUUCCUAGUGGAACGGGACGAACAGAUGAUAAAGAGAACGGAAGUUGGAGAGAGAGCGCAAGAGAGACACGGAGAGAGAGAGAGAGAGAGAGAUGAUGCUGUGCGCUACCUGGAAGCCAAGAAUGUUUCGAACGUAUUUGAAGCAUCGAGCGAGCGAGAAGCGGAUGUGAGACGCGAGUGGUGGAGCCAUCUGUCCUCGGGACGCAGUCAAUACGCAUCAACGCACCAUCAACUAAGUACAGCGUUUUGUUAAGUUUAUAUCCCCCCACCCCUCCUCGGGAUACCUACGGAGAAGAAGAUGAAGAAGAAGAAGAAGAUAGAGACAGCGGGGGACAAACGUGUGGGACGUGUAGUUGGUUUGGAAGUGGACACAGUCCGAGCAUAGCGGGCGACACGCAGACACACUGUAAAACAGAUUGCAUCGAGCGGUUCUCGUUGCAACCGACGUUUCACCCCCCCCCCCCCCCCCGUUCCCCCUCCCGGAGGCUGUUGCUGUUGACCGUAAUGCUUCGUGUGCGCGUAUGCAUUGUCCAUGAUCUUCGGUGGCCAACCGUUAAUGCGCUAGUUAGAAGAUUAGUUGUUUGGCGAAAACUCUCCAUCGCCCUCGGCACGUGUGGCGGAUGUCUAGAAGAUGUCGUCCAUGCCGGUGGAGUGAUUCUCAUUGGGCGCUCGUGCAUGGCACGGUACCAGCUCACACACAAAAGAAAACGGGAAACAAAACGGGACAGGCGGCGCUACGUUGGCCACACGAUGAUCAACGGUGAUCGGGAAGGCGAAUGGCAUUGGCACAUUGGCUUCCACUCGAUCGAUCGGUGAACGUUGUACGAUCGUGCUCUUCUGACAGAGAAAUAACCGCGAGAGGACUAGUUAAGCGGGACCAUUCCGUGGCAGUCAAGCUUUCGAAAGCGCGCCGAGUGCGCCGCAGAGCAAGCCGAAAUCUUUUUCUAUGCAGCUAAAUUUAAGUUCUUCUUCUUCCGUCUGCGUGCGAGCGUUUUUGAAAUGUACUUUUUGAAAUUACCAGUUUAUCCCAUGGUCGUCGUAUUGAAUACAUGUAAAUGGUGAAUAUGUUUCUGUUGGAUGGAAAUCAUCGUCGGAGGAGGAGGUUCGAUGGAAUCGUUUCCUGCUUCGGCAAGUCAAUUACUUAUGUGAAAAACCCUCGAGGGAUGUUCCUUUCGAGACACAAAGGGUGCUGUUAUGAAUUGAGAUUGUGCUUUGGCUUGCCAUUUUUGUGUCAAUUAGAUUCGGUUCUCUGGAAGAUGCACUAUUGGCCAAAUGCCGAUACGCGGACCGAGUGACGGUCUUCAUUACUCUGUUUUAGGAAACGAGAAGCUAGGGAAAGUGAUUCCAACGGGCGUGUACGCCGGGACAUGCACGCCGAAAAUCGAAAUUUUACGGUCAACGGUCAAUCGGACCUACCACAGUCGAUGCAACAGUCGCGACGUAAUGACUAAAUGAAGUUAUGUGAAAAAGAACAAAACCAACAAUAAACUCUAUUUCAACACCCUGUGUA